UAUUUCUCGUUAAUAACACAGUAGUCAUCUAAUUACAUUAUAAUUCAAUUAACGUAAUAACUUAUUAAACGUUAUAUUAUAUAUUAAAUUGUUUAUAAUAAUAUUAAAUAUUUAUAACAAAAAUUACGAAACUCUAAAAAAAAAUUAAAAAAAUAAUAAAAUGUAUUUCAAACAAAUUUUUGUAGAGUUUAAAUUAUAUAUGAAUCCAAAAACGCAUUAUACUACGCCAUAAAGAAUAAUUCAAAUUAAAAGAAAAAUAUCACCACUGCAUCAGGUUUUAUUUAAUAUAUCCUAAACUGCCAUGUCCAUACUAACAUUCUCGCGUGUAAAAAUUUUAUUCGGAACGGUUAUAAUCUGCUUACUAGUGUUAUAUUUUGUCAACUAUUACAAUCUAAUUACUACCAGGCCACGAUAUGUUCCAUCAACCAAACCUGAGCCAAAACCUCACAGCUACUUAUCCGAUAAUCAGUCUAUGGUUGAUACUAAAAAUCAAACCAAUUUAAUUGAAAACAAACACGUUAAUCUCGUCAAUUUCUCGUUGUGUCCAGAAAUACUACCUGCCUUAGAUGAAAAAGUUAACUUGCUUGUACCUGAUCGGAUGGACUUGGGAGAUGUGGAGCUACAGUUAUCACGGUUGAGGAUUUUAAAAGGAGGUCACCAAAUGCCCUUGGACUGCGAAGCGAGAUAUAAAAUUGCAAUCUUAGUGCCUUAUAAAAAUCGAAUGGAUAACCUCUGCACGUUCCUUUUAAAUAUACAUCCAUUUUUAACAAAACAAAAAUUAGAUUACACUAUUUUUGUCAUAGAACAGUUCAACGAUGGAAAAUUUAACCGGGGCAAGUUACUGAACAUUGGGUAUACCGAAGCAUUAAAGUUAAACAAUUUUGAUUGUUUCUUUUUACAUGACGUAGAUCUCUUACCGACGAAUUACAGUAACAUAUAUAGUUGUCCGGAUCGACCAAGACAUAUGGCAACAGCUGUUGAUAAAUAUGGAAGCAGAAUGCCGUACAGCGAUUACUUUGGUGGAGUGGUGGGCAUAAAACGAACGCAGUUUGAGUUGGCCAACGGAUUCAGUAACAAGUACUGGGGAUGGGGUGGCGAAGAUGAUGAAUUUUUGUUGCGGAUCGAGCAUCACAAUCUAGGAUUUACCUAUUUGCCACUGGACGUGGGACGUUAUCAUUCAUUGUUACACUACAAACAAGAUCCCAACCCUGAAAGGCACACUCUCCUUCAAAACAGCUUUUACCGUUUCAAGACGGACGGACUUAACAGUCUCAAUUAUAAAAUAAAAUCUCUGGAGAUAUUAUCACUAUACACGCACUUUCUGGUGGACCUGCUUGAGAUGCAAAUCUGAUAGAAAAUAACGAAAUUCACUGGUUAAAAUGCCACUUCAAUCUACAAAUCUCUCACACACACAAACACACUCUCUUCUUCUAUUCAUCGCGUUCUCUUUGAGAUAGCCACAACAUAGCGUAUUUAAGUAUUAAAUAAAAAAAAAAAAACAUUUACAAUUUAAAAUAUGCAUAAUUUAAUUAUACCAUAUAAAAUGUUGUAUAUAUUUUUUUCUAUUUUCAAUUUAAUUGUGUAUAAUUUAUCAUAUUAAACAAUCAACGUUUACGUUAUCGAUUAACUAAGUACUAAACUAAAAUACAAACAGGUAUUGUGCUUUGCACACAGACUUGAAUUAAAUGUAUAAAAUGUUGUGCGAUUGUACGUCAUACGAAUUGAUAACGCCAGACGAAAUAGAGGUAAAUAAAAAUCAAAAUUAAUUAUUGUUCUAAUCAUCAUAAUUUUAGAAAUGGUCAUAAUAUUACUUCUAAGUAUAUUAUAUUAAAAUUAAAGUAUUGGUUUUAGUUAUUAAAAAAUUAGUACUAAUUUAAUAAAUAUCUAAACUUGUAACUGAAACAUUAUAUUUUACAGCUAGUUAAUAAUAAUUUAGUUAGGAAUAUACAUACGUAGAUACUAUAAGUACACAGAUAAAUUAUAAGAGAUCGAAUGUCUAGUUUCGCCCUGAUUGGAAUGAUAAUUGACUAAAAGAUUAUCCUAAAUUGUAUUAUGUAUUUAUAUACAAUAUUCCUAGAAUAUCAUUAAAAAAUAUUAUGUCGUUGUAAAAUAUGUGUAAAAAAAAUUAACUUAUAUUCAUUUAAAA